AUGCAGGUCGAAACCGACCGUUCCUCGUCUUUACCCAUCCGGGACUCAAUGCAGCCAGGGCGACUUGCGCGUCCAGAUCAAAUGGCUAUGUUUGCCAGAAUAACAUCUUAUCCACCCUUAGGGCAAGUGACUUGUCUUCGAAGAUCUCAGUUGUCAUUCAGUGAGCGUGCGCUGCAAUUCACAGUCACCAUAGACUCAAGUUCUGCGUUCCCCGCACAGCGCUGGGAAGCGCAGAUCUGGCAUAACAUCACCGGCUCUGAGUGGACGGCACUACCACUCCAAGAAUGCAAUACAAAUCAUGCAGCGCUGCUGAAUGGCAAUCAGCAUAAUAAUCAAUAUUAUCGCCAUGUAUUCUCAGAAGAGAUCGAUCUCUCUGCAGACGGUGGGCAUGCUAAAUUCACUGUGCGCUUCCGCACAGGUCCCGAUGCCGAUUGGCAAUGGGCUAAUCAGAAGCACCCUGUAAGCGAUGGUGAGAUCGUCUAUCAUCCAAGUCACUCAGAUUUGAGGGCCACCAGGCCUGGAGAUAUCUCUCAAUCAAGGACCGAAGUGGGACUUGGGAAGUAUAUCGAUAAUCUGUCGAACGAGUUGGGAAUUGUAUCGAGGUCUAGCGAGGCGCCGGGGGCUCUUCUCUGGUCUGUCACUGGUGAGAUACCUCCGGUCAGUGAUGGAUUAUCAAGCUUGAAACACCUUGUCCUCGGUACUCCGUCAUCAACGGCAAGAAACUUUUCUCUCGUACGGGUUUGGAGUCCAUGGCUGGGUCCAAGACAUGGGCGCGAGAAAUUCCGACUCACCGAGGAUGCUAUAUUGUGCUCCUUCCUGCGAACAGAUGGCGCGCAUUUGGUUCUGCUGGCAGUAUCGGGAAUCGACAAUGUUCUGACCGUCUUUCAAUCAGGACAUGAUGGUGAAGUUGUCGUCAAUGCGAAAAGCGAUAAUCUGGAGCCUUCGAGAUUCAAUGUGCUCAUAGCAGCUGCAGAAGACUUUGAAGUUGCCUUGUCCGCAGUGAUAUAUGAAGCACGCAAAGUGAUCCGGCCGUUUGCCGAACAAACCGAUCCAGCACGCGAAGAGCCAGUGCCAUUAUCUCCCCCAGGGGACGAUGUUGUGUUUGUGGAAAAGGAUGAGACUGCACAGUGGUUAUCGCAAUGGUUCGACGGUCUUACAUAUUGUACCUGGAACGGGCUUGGACAAGAUCUUACCGAAGAAAAGAUCUUGCAUGCUUUGAAUUCAUUGAAAGAAAAUGGGAUCAAUAUUGUGAACCUGAUUAUUGAUGACGGGUGGCAGGCCAAUCACAAUGAAGGGGAAUCUCAGUUCCGAAGAGGCUUGGAACAUUUCGAGGCUCAUUCCCAAGGGUUCCCCGGAGGAUUGAAGCAGACUGUGGACCUCAUUCGCCGAAGAAAUCCCCAGGUUGAACACAUUGCUGUCUGGCAUGCCUUGUUAGGGUACUGGGGAGGAAUUGCUCCAGAUGGAGACUUGGCUCAAAGGUUCAAAGCCAAGCAGGUGAAGAUCAAAGACCCGGCGCCUCAUGGGCCCAUUGCAGAGAAUCUUCCGGACGGCAAUAUUCUCACGAUUGACCCUGAUGAUAUCCAACGCUUCUACGACGAAUUCUAUAACUUCCUCAGCUCGGCAGGUGUUGACUCGGUCAAGACUGAUGCACAGUUCUUCAUCGACUUGCUGGAAGACCCAGAAGAUCGAAGAAGGUUCAUGACCUCCUACCAAGAUGCGUGGUCUAUCGCUUCGCUCAAGCACUUCAGCACUCGAUCUAUUUCGUGUGGCUCAAUGACACCACAGAUAAUGUUCCAUUCCCAAAUGCCAACCAACAAACCGACUCUACCUUUACGAAACUCCGAUGACUUCUUUCCCGAAAUACCAGCCUCACAUCCAUGGCACAUAUUUUGCAACGCACAUAACUCACUCCUCACCCGAUACCUUAAUGUCUUGCCUGAUUGGGAUAUGUUCCAAACCAGCCACCCAUAUGCAUCGUUCCAUGCCGCAGCGCGAUGCAUAUCAGGUGGACCGAUUUACAUCACCGAUGAGCCAGGAAAGCAUGACCUAUCUCUGCUUGAUCAAAUGACGGCACAAACCGUAACAGAAAUCACUGUCAUUCUCCGACCCAGUGUCAUUGGGCGCACGAUUGACAUAUAUCACGAUUACAACGAAGGACAUGUUCUGCGGGUCGGAAGUUACACAGGCUGGGCCAAGACGGGCAGCGGCAUAUUGGGCCUUUUCAAUAUUCAUUCUGACGUGGCAUCGAGCAUUGUGUCAUUGAUGGAUUUCCCAGGUAUUCACGAGGAUUCAAACUCCCAGUAUAUCGUUCGCGCACACACUAGUGGCAAGGUAUCAAGCCGCAUGCAACCCUUGACUCAGGACUCUCUGGUGUCCAUUGUACUCGAGCCGAAAGGGUGGGAGAUUCUCACCGCAUAUCCUACUCGGUCGUUUGCGCUUCCGGGGAGGCACGGAGACAAUACCUCUCGCGAUGAAUUGACUCAUGUUGCUGUCCUAGGCUUAUUGGGUAAGAUGACUGGUGCAGCUGCGGUGAUGACCUCCGACAUAUCUGUUGUGGAGAAUGGUCGUCUACGGUUUAAUAUCAGCCUGAAGGCUCUUGGCACAUUGGGUGUCUAUAUCUCGGAUCUGAAGAACCGAAGCAUUGCGCAAAACUUCAUGGUGAUGAUUCUGGGGAAGCCGGUUCCCCAGAAGACGGUUUGGAAAGAGGGCGGAGAGGAUUCUAAUGUCCUGGCCAUUGAUGUACUGGCAGCGUGGAAGAAGAUGAAAUUGGACAGUGGGUGGAGCAAUGAGGUAUUUGUCCAAAUUUUCAUGAUGUGA